GCUUCUUCUAUUCCGUCCUCAACGAUUUGAACCAUUUAUCUCGCGCAAUUUACAACUGACAGCGGUGUAGCCAAAUAGAUUAUGUGCUCUUGGUCUCUAUCCCGAGAUUGUCAUAAUCUGAGGAUUUAAAAAACCAAGGGAUGCCAAAUUCUUGUCAAAAUAGAUAUCGUCGAAUACUUCAGCGCAGAAAAGAAAGGCGAAGACAGGAAAAAUUUCGCAAGAAGAUAGCUUUGCGCAAUAAAACAAGGGCAGAUAUAGAACUAAACCGUUAUCACAGCAAAAAGUUUCGGAAGAGGGAAGUCUCUAACAGAUUGCAAAUCGCACUGCAUGAAGGAAUAAGGAUCUACAUAGAUUGUUCUUAUGAGGCUCUUAUGUCUCCUAAAGAAUGUAAUAAAUUCGCUCAACAACUAUGUCGACUUUAUGGAGCAAACAAAAAAGCAACGAAGCCCUUAAGUAUUAACCUUGUGAAUUUUUCACAACAUGGACCUUUAUUUCAUGCUUGCCAGUCCAAAUGUGACGGAUUCCUAAAGUAUAAGGUCAGUUUCUUGUAUGUAUAACACUUCGUAUUCUUCAUCUCUCAAUAUUUGUGUUGGAAAAAGUUCAUUCUUGAAAAUGCGUCGAUUGGACCUAGUAUCAAAUAGGUAUUAUAAUUUCUUAUGUUGAAAACUGGUACACCUUCAGAUUUGUGUUGACUAGACGAGCAGUAGCUAAGUUUUCAUACACAUUCUCUUGAUGUGUUGCUUGUGUCUUUACUUUCUAACGUUAGUUACGUUCCUUAUGGUCCAAUACUGUUCAGCGAUGACAUAUUGUUAUACAUUAUAAAAGGUCUUUUUGAAAUGUACGCUAGACGAUAACUGAUUGCCUCGAGGGUCACUACUCAUAAACUACUGGAUGGAAUUGGGUCUGUUCAUUGAUAAAGAGAAAGUAAAACUUCGGGACACAAAUCCGGCUGUCUUACUAACAUCAAGAAAUUUAAACAUUACCGACAUUUGAGGAAUAAUGUCCAAGAACUGACACGAGAUUCUGUCGAAUUACCAACACUGAAAUACGCAAGACGGCCAACUACGUAUUAACGACACAUUCUUGUCGGUAAGGACCUACAACUAAACAUUGAAUAUGUCUAAAUCUAGUCUCUCCAUACACACCAUGGAUUUUACAUUCUAUUCAUUAAAUUUAUACAUUCUGCGAGGGUUAAUGGUACUUCUACCGAAUUGCUCAAAUAAGGGGUGUAUCAACCCUACUGGCUGACGUAGUGAACCACAGCUUCGCAAUACGUCGUUAAGCAUGCUAUAGGUGGUCUGGAACUUCAUAAUUGAUGUUUUGGAGUAGGUUUAUGUCUGUUUACCCAUCAACCUUCUACUCCAUUGUUGUUUUAGAAACCACCUGAAUAACAGUAUUCGCAUAAAAUAUGAUAUGAAACACAAUCCUAUUUCGACUGCUAUACUGCGCGGCUGGUUGUUAUUUACCAAUGUAGCUCCACUAUCUCACUAGCCUGGUAAAUGGUCGUAUGUAUGUGUGCACUUCUAGCUUCGUAACAAAAACGAUUCAUAUCCAGAUAUACAGUUUUCGUAUUAUUUCGCUUUAUUACAAAAUGCUAUUUAACUAUCUCAUAGAUUGGAUUGUACUCUGAAACACCAUCAAGCAUUACACCAGAAAAUAUAGAAAUCGUGUACCUCAGUCCGGACGCAAAAGAACCACUGAUAUCUAUAUCGGAAAAUUGUGCGUACGUUCUAGGAUGUCUUGUGGAUGAACAUAUACUAAAGGUAAUACUGUGUAGUAGGAAACACUUUUAGCUCUACCAACAGUAGUUAUAUUUUUGUGUAGUAAGUAAACCUACUUUUAAUCUUCAGAUAUAUACUACCAGCAAAUGUUUGCUCAUUUAUUUCAAUAUACAAAAGCAAACAGACGAACUAGAAAUAGAUUAAAAGUAUGUUCAAGAUUUGGAUAGUAAUGAUUAGUCUUGUUAUUUAGAACAUCAACUGCUGCUAUUUAUCGAGUCACUGACUUCCCAUAUGCAUUCUUAGUUUGAUGCUUAAUUCUACCUACAAUGUAAUGACUAUAUGAUUAUUAUGUUUACUCACUCAUUCUACUUACACUCCUAUAAAAGUUAGAAAGAGUAUGCAGUUCUGAUUAGCACUUGUGGUCAUUUUAUUACGGAAAAUACUCACAAACCUUCGUACGACUGCGUGAACUACCUCAACAUAAAAAAGUCUACGGACAGGAGUUCCUAAUCAUUUUUCACCAGUGUAAGGCGCUAGUUUUUUCCAAUCCCAAAAGAUAUUUAUUUAUUUGAACACAAAUAUUGGUACAAAGAGGCACCGAAUAUAUAUGCACCACACAAGUCACUUGAUUUAUGUCUGGGUUAUAAUACUACCCGGGUGCCCAAACCGAAGCAGAUGGUUUUCCUAGGAGGUCACACCUGAAGCCUUCGACCUUAAAGUCUAAUCUACAAGGCAGUAGGGCAACGUUCGGAGAUACAAUCCCAUAGUGGCCAGUGACUAACAAUAGGUUUGUAUGUCAUUUGUUCCCUUAGAAUUCUGGAGCUCAUGUACACCAUUAGUUUGGACCCAACUUCCCUAAGUGGGUCCUCCAUAUUCAUCAACCCCGUUAAAGUGCUAAACAUUCGUAAUUUCGUAAACAACACCCCCCUCAGGGAGAAGUCAGUGAGUAGGACUUCCCUGGCAGUGGUUGUAUGCACGUGGCCUUGUGAGAGCAUUUCGAGAGGGAGAGCUGACUCUCCCUACUGUCGGUCGUGCCAUAGCAUUUGUGGGCGAAAACCGUGAUCAACUCGUUUAAAAAAGGAAGUUCAAGAAAAAGUCAAUAUGCCCUACAAACUAACAGAUACAUUCCUAGAGUCCAAUUACUUUCUUUUGGGACAUCUGGAAUCUAAAGUCUAGCAGCAGUUGCUUUUUUAGAGAGCAGUGAUGACGAAAUUAGAUGAGACCAGGUAGCUGAAUGCACUCAUAGAAAAUCAGCGACAGUUGGCACUCGUGUUAAAUAUCAGAAAACAUGGCUACUCCCUGAUGUAGAUUAGCAGUGUAUAGGUACAAUAUAAAAUAUUUGACACUAAUAGCCUCUUUCAUUCUGACAGUUUAUCAUUAACAUACUUGUCCUAUUGGUAUUUAUAUUUACCACCAGCGUCUCCUAGCUCGUCUUGCUUGUAAAUAUUAGACCUUCACUGCUUUUUAUUGUAAUUUCCCUGAUCCUAACCGGCUGUUAGUCUUAGUUUCCGAUUUGUACCUACCUCAACUAAUUUUCAUACGGUCAAUCACAAUAACGACUAUGCUCCGAAGGGCUUUGCUAGGGACUCCAUGUAUUCAUUUUUUUGUACGGACUGGUUCUCAAAUGUCGUAAGUAAAAACUGCACCGACGGUUUCUGCUGAAAUGGAUACUGGUUGUUCACAUUCCGAGGCUGUUAUUUAAAUAGAUAAAUACUGCACGUAAAAAAGUUGUUUAGGACAAAUAUGGUGGUAAACACGGAUUGUAAUCAAAUUUAUUUCAGUAUUUUCCAGGUUUAUGUCCAUUGUUAUACUACUAAUCGUUAUUGUGAUCAGGUCUUAUUUUUACUUUGCAACUGACUAUACGUCAACUUUCUUUCUAGGGACGUAGCCGACAAGAAGCUGAGAAUCAAGGUUACCGUGCCGUGCGACUCCCUAUUGAAGAGUUCACAUCUGGAAAAAAUGCCAACACUGUGUUAGCGAUAAAUCAUGUCGUCGAUAUAUUGUUAGCAUAUAUAGAAAAUGGCGGUGACUGGAAGGCGGCCUUACAUUCUAAAUUGCCUCAAAGAUUUUUAAAAUAAUACAUAUAUAUGUGACACUUUGUUAUAACUCAUGAAGAAAUACAAGUUCUAUAUU